UGUAACAGUCUAAUUCGUUUUAGUUUGUAGCUUGCAAUGAAGUAUCAUGGUCAAAUUAUUGUCUGUUUUGAUUCUUUCGACAAUUGCCUUGGUGGCGUCCAGUGCUUUCAUUUCAGAUUUUGUUCAGGAGUUUAACUUUUCAAAAAUUGACAAUAAAAGCUAUGAAUAUAAUUUUGAAUACGAAUUUGCUAAUGGCCGACAUUUUCGUGGAGUCACGUAUUUAGUAUUCGAUGGAUAUGAACGCUUUUAUAUGAUGCUUGGUGCUAAUAAGUCCAUUUACUGGGUUUUCGUAUUGCCUGAAGAAUUCGAAAAUGUGACAACAUUUUCAAAACCUGUACGAAAUGCCAAACGAAGCGGAGACGAAAUAACGAUGCAAGAUGAUUUUCGUUUAUACGUACUAAAUAUUACUAUGGGUGUCUUAUAUAACAUGGGAUACAGAACAGAAUGGAAUAUGGAAACUAUUUGCUUUACCAAAAUCAAUCGCACUGACAACUUUUUCAAUUUCAUAAUUGAUGCAACAAAUAACUCAAGGAAAUAUAAUGGCACCACUUACAUUAAAGCCGAUGAUCCACAAGUACAGCACAUUCGUAUAUCGGAUUGGCCACAGCGCCGAGGUGAAUAUGAAGUUGGAUUCUCAAAUCAAGAACUCGACUCACAAUCCACUUUUUGUAAAGGGAUCUCUCGAACAGUUUCAGAAGAAGGAAUUUCUAAUGCAUUUCCUAGGAAGAUUGAAAAUGCAAAACUUCUAGAAGCUUUGGAAAUUGGCAGCAACGAAAUUAAUAGAUAAACUUUGAGGAUCACUUGAGGUCGUUCAAAAUCAAUUUAGCAAAGCGAUUUGUAUCCACAAGAAAAGCAUUUUUGUUUGUACCGUGAUAAAAUAAACAAUAAUAAAUGAAUAAAUAUAAAAUUGAAA